UCUCUCUCUCUCUCUAUAUAUAUAUAUAUAUAUAUAUGUAUAUAGGAUGGUAGUAGUAGCACAGCUUGUUGUGCAGUGCAGCCCUUUCUCAAUUCCGGCUGCUCACCGGGGACGCAUCCACCAGGCGAAGCAACCUCCUCGAAUUCUGUCUGUUCUGAAAACGCCAACAGAUCAUGUUGUAGAGAAACAAUCAAGCUCGACGACUGUUGAUUACAAUGAUAAUUGGUUUGAUCUCAUUGCCAUUAACGAUCUCUCCCACUGCCUCCAAUCUACAACUGAUAAGGAUAUUCACACUGUUAACAAAUUCUAAAUUCGCAAGGGAACUUUUUGCUGUCUUGACUACACUCUGUGUCAACUGGCUGGUCGGAACCAGUGAGGUGAGGGAGUCGGAGUUGAACGGUAAAAGAGAGAGGAAUGUAACACACAUUAAGAAAUGCAGGCUUCUAGAGGAGUCGAAUUGUGUGGGGAUGUGCAUCAACCUCUGUAAGAUGCCUACUCAAACCUUCAUUAAGGACUACUUAGGAAUGCCACUCAACAUGGUCCCAAAUUAUGAUGAUAUGAGUUGCGAUAUGAUAUACGGUCAGGAUCCUCCCCCAGCAACCGAAGAUCCAGCAUUUGAGCAACCUUGCUACAAUCUAUGCAAAGAAAAGCAAAAGCACAACACAAGAUGUUCCGGCUAAGGUAGAAGGAACUUGCCAUUUUAAAAGAAAAAAUAAAAAUGGAGAAGGAGAAGGAUAUUGAAGGAGCUACUUUUCAAGCCAAUCUUCGGUUCUAAUCAUCAUUU